AUGAAUCCACCCACUUUGCCGACCGAAGAGGUCAUACCGUUGAUUAUGAGGUCAGUGGCAUGCGCGUCUCAGAUUGGGGAUCAAUUGUGUGAGUAUGGUUACACGCAACUGGCUCAAGUAGUCGCCGAGCAGACGGACACCCCCGUGGAUCUGACGCCCAGUUCAAAAUUGGCAGAAUUACUUUACAUCGCAAAGGAGCAAG